GAAAGGAAUGAAGUGAAAAUCCGUGCGAUGGUUCGAACGAAGGCAGAGACCGGUGUUGAAAUGGAGGCGCUGACAGCAGUGGGCGUUGCUGCGUUGACAUUGUACGAUAUGUGUAAGGCGAUCACUCAUAAAAUGGAAAUUUCUGAUGUUAGACUGGUGGGUAAACAUGGUGGGAAGCGGGAUUUCGGGCAGACGGAACUCUGA